AGUCAAAAUAGUGGCAGCACUGGCUGCGGUAAUAUUCGGCCCGCAGAGUACGGUCCCACCCAUACAAGUUCGAGUGAAAAACAGGGAAAUGUAUGCACUCUCCAGUUCGCUGAUCCGAUCGCCGGCGCUGCGCCAGGGCCUCCAAAUGGCCGCUGCCAGCCGCCAGGUGUCGCUGAAGGUGGUAUCCGUGGGCGCCACCCAGAAGGAGGAGUCGUUCUUCGAGAAAAACGAGCGCCUGGGCAGGAAGCUGUCGCCGCAUCUGACCAUCUACCAGCCGCAGCUGACCUCCAUGCUGUCGAUCAUGCACCGCGGCACUGGAUUGGCCCUGGGUGUGGGCGUCUGGGGUCUGGGAUUGGGUGCCUUGAUCUCGUCGCACGACAUCAAUCACUAUGUGACCAUGGUGGAGGGUCUCCAGUUAAGCGGCGCCACUCUGACCGCCCUCAAGUUCAUCAUCGCCUAUCCGGCAGGCUAUCAUACUGCCAAUGGAAUCCGGCAUCUGCUAUGGGACACCGGGCGAUUCCUGAAGAUCAAGGAGGUCUACUCGACCGGUUACGCAAUGGUCGCCACCUCUUUCGUUCUGACCGCAAUCUUGGCCCUUCUGUAAGCCCAGCUCCUCGGGUGUACCUAUUAAAUUCUAGUGAGAAUAUGAUGUGAAAAUUGUUAUAUACUAAAUACAUGUAGUGUGUAUAUUUAUAA